GCGGAAAACCGCAUCGAAAGAAUCAGUUUCGGCUCUUGGAAAAGCGUAAUAUUUAUCACUGCCAUGGCGACAAAUGAAAGCACGGUUAUGGUACCAAACACUCGCGGUAAACAAGUAGGUCUGAGCCUCGCAUGGGUAAACAAUAAUGAAUUUGCGACCUUCGCAUUCGGUAAUGUGUUGCACAAACGUGACCACCAGGCUCACAGUAGCCACAGGUUGAUGGGAGAAAUUAACCUUAUGAAGCCAGAUUUCAUCCUCGCCGAUCCAGCAGCCCGUACGAUGCUGUACGAGUGUGGCCAUUUGUUUUACACUCUGCAAAGGCGCCGCUAUGGUCUGCUCGGGGGCCAAACGCAGACGAUCGACUUCGUUGACGUAUCGCAACAAUACAGGAAGUCCGUGCGUCAAACGCUGCAGCGAAUGAAACCGGCAAGCGAGGAGUCACCGGAGGACUCCGACAGCAUCUUCCGCAACAUGCUGUACUCCAUCGAGUGCGUCUGGCAUCUGGUGGAAAUUCUCAUCGUAGACAGUAACGCUUCGUCCGGGACGGUUGUGACGUCGUUGCUCCAGUGGAUUCGCUACCACUUUCCAGGCCCCGAGCGGGACGCGACGGCGUUGCUGCAGGAUCCCGCCGGAGAUGUCGAAAAGAGGGCAAACUACUGGCCAUUGGUGAAGGCACUCAUUCUGCAGGGACACACUAUGGUCGCCCGGGCGCUGCUGCGCGUGCAUCCCAGCUCCGAUACGCGGUCCUUCCAAGUGGCCGAACAACUGCUCCAAUCGUUGCCCAUCUAUAACGUGCACGAUGGGCUCUCGGUGCACAAGUACAAAGCCCACUGGCAGUGCUGGCGCGACAACGUGCAUAUGUUGAUCGAGGCCGGCAACUUCGGCGCCGAACCGUACUUGGAGGAAAUCCUGCGGCUGAUCUCGGGCGAUCGGGUGGCUUGGAGAAAGCAACAGCGAUCGGCCACCUGUUGGUACGAGUAUCUACCCGGUUUUCUCCUGUACACAGAUUCCAGCUGCCGGUACUAUCAGCUCAGCCAGUACGCAAACGAGUGGAUGAUGGACUUCGCAUCGGCCCAGAACCAGACCGCUCCAGGAUUAACGUUCCUCGACAAGCUAGUGCUCGCGAUAAUGGACAACAACCUCCCCGAAAUUGUGGUACUGCUACAGCAGAUUCCGGACAACAAUUGGUGCGCGGUACACAUCGUCGACCUGCUGUACCAUGCCGGCCUUUUGCACGGUAGUCGACCCGAGGACGAUCCCAACGGCAUCGAAGCUACCACGGUGCCAUUGCCGGAUGGAAAACUGAAACGUGAAUCCCUGCUGUACGAUUUCGGAUCGCUACUGAUGGCCGAAGGGACGUACUGGCAGCUUGGUAUGGGAUACCUGGAGUUUUCCUCCACCGAGGGGCUGGGUGCUCGCGAGGCCCUCCUGGCGCGUGUCCCGAUACGCCAUGAAGCGCAAGCCCUCAAGCUAAUCGCCGUCGCACGCAAAAACGAUUUUCCCGGCGUGAUUAUGGAAGUUUGUAAGGUCCUGACCAAGCGCAACCUGGCCCACCGACGGUAUGGCAGUGCACUGGACUGGGCCAUCCGCAGCCGAGACAGCACGUACGUGCGGAAUGUGGCCAACAUUUUCCUCGAGCACUACUGCAAUCACGGGGAGUUGCUAUGCGAAAAGAUGAUAGCAAACCUCGGACAGAAAAUUUUUAUCUCCUCCCAGCUGGUGUUCUUGAAGAAGUACUACGAUUUCCGUCUGCUCUACCGCAAGCAAGAAUACGCGCAGGCGGCCGAACUGUUGAUCAGCCUCAUGGACUCGAACAUCGUCCCAUCAUACUUCUGGCCGUGUCUGAUGGCGGACGUUAUACCGCUGCUCGAAUUUAAGGAACCGAUAAUUCCUUCCGCGGAAACACUCACCGUGCUGCGACACCUGCAGCUGGCCUUGGUGCCGAUGCUGGAGAAACGGCAGCAAACUUUGAAACGCCAGAAGCAACAGCAGAACCCGAAAACCAGUGCCAAAAGUAUGCUGAGUUUGGCACUGGCGGUGGACGUCACCGCCUCCACCACAGCCGACGACGAGCCGAUGGAGGAGGAGGAGGAAGACCAGACGACACUGAUACCUAAGUUUUCCUCCAAUCUGCUCAACAACUGCACGGAGGACUUGGUUAACCUGCUGCGCCUGGCGUGCAUUCGGAAUCUGUCUCGCGCGUACGUAAUCGAGCAUUUGGGCCGUGACUAGAAUGUGUCACAUUUCGAUUUGCUUCACAUACCGAUUGCCAAUAAAGUCUUCAGCAAAGAGCAA